AUGGCUCCUCGAGGUAAAGAUCGUCCAGAGGGUAAUGCACCAGAGAAUGUUAAAAAAAGAAAGAAAACAAAAGCUUCUGGUAACUUAGGUAUCACUACCUCUCCCCCACACGCACCUGCUAGUUCACAUGUGCCUCCACCUACGUGCCCGUUAUCAUUUCCACCUCCCUUAUACUCUAUACCUCACCUAGGCUACAAGGCUCCCUCUUCCACCCCCUUCUUUAAUCCUACAUCUUCCCAGCACAUACCUGGACUUAGGCCUGGUGUACCCUCAUUAUCAACUUACCCAGUCAUGUCAUCAUCAUCUUCUCCGGUCAUUCCUUCAUUUUCUUCCUCUGGCAUUCAAUCGUCAUUUUCCCCAAUCAUUCAUUCAUCAUCUUCCUCUAGCAUGCCCUCAUUAUUUAGUCAGCCUGCUAGGUACUCUUCUAUGCCUUCGUCUAAAUCCACUCCACUUUCGCAUGGCAUACCCUCAUCAUCUUACUCUUUCCUACCAUCAUCAUCUUCUCCGGUCAUUCAUUCAUCAUCUUCUACUGGAAUGCCCUCAUCAUUUAGUCAUCCUACUAGUCAGCCUGCUAGCCACUCUUCUAUGCCUUUAUCUGGAUCCACUCCGUCUUCAUCUCCCAGCAUUUCUAGGCCACAUAUUGGAGUCAAUAGUAAUUUGACAUUCCAAUACACCGAUAGUGAUACAGCUACACAGCCUCCUGCACAGACUUCUACACGAAGUCAGAAUCCUCCAAAUGUUGGAAAAUAUGAUGAUCUUCGGAGGUUGAUUAUUGUGUCCGACGGAGCAGGCUUUUAUCCUCCUCAGGCUACGAAAGCCGUGGUUGAAUCGAUGUGUUCGUUUUAUCACGCACCAUAUAGGUUCUGGUCAGAAGUUCCAACUAACAUUAGGGACAGAAUGUUUGCUGAAUUUAGGUUGAAGUGUGCAUGGUCACGCGAUUCUGAGGCUGAGGAACGAGCUGUUUUCUUUAAGAAAUGUUCUGAUAGGUUGCCUGAUCUGCUUCGGACUGCUUGA